AUGGGUUUUUAUUAGGAAGGUUUAUCUGAUAUAGACAAAGCAAUUUAAAAUAGCGAGGAUAACCUAGCUUAAUACUUUUAUUUAAGAGGGCAUAUUUUAGGUUGUUGUAAAUAAUAUAAGCAAGCUUAAUACGAUCUAUCAAUAUGUCUUUAAUUAGAUGAGAAUUUUUCCGAUGCAUAUCUUGAAAGGGCCAAAAACAAUUAUUUUUUAGAAGAACAUGAUUCUACUUUUAGUGAUAUGUAGAAAUAUAUAUAAUUAAAACCUUAAGAUUAAUAAAUACAUUUUUGGGCUGGAAAUUUACUUUUUAAUAGUGGAGCAAUAGAAGAUGCGAUAAAAGCCUAUAGUCAUUGUGAAUAAAUAAAUAAAUAAGAAAAUUUGCUUUUAGAGAGAAUUAAAUGUAAUAUUAUUUUAAAAAAUUUCUAAUAAGCAAUAUAAGAUAUUAAUAAAGUAAUUAUAUUAAAUAAUUUUUUGUUUUAAAAUAGUUAAUUAUAUAAAGUAGAUUUGGCUUGUUUAAAUUCUUUAAAAUCGCUUAGUUUUGAAUAUUUUUUUAAAGCCUAAAAAAACGGAUUUAAGGAAAAUAUCUCUUAAUUAAAAAAAUUGAGUGAUAAAGAAAAUUUAAAAUCAAUGAUUUUUACUUAAAAUCAUAUAUAUUUAUACCUUGGUGCUUUUUUACUAUUUAAUGAAAUUUACCAUGAAGCCAUUAUUUUUUUCAAAAAGGGUCUAUAGAAUUUUUAAAAAGCAAAUCAAUCAUAAGAUUAAAAAGAUAAUUCUACAAUUAAAUAUUUAAAUGACAAUAAUAUAAUAUUAGAUUAUUAUUUUAAUAUUAUUCUUGCCUAUAUUUUAGUAUUUAACUUUUUAUUUUUUAUAUAUAAUUUCUUUACUUUUUUAUUAAUUCUUAAGUUAUUUAGAAUAAUUAACUUAAUGAAGCACAUCAAACAUGUUAAGGAGUUGAAUAGAUUUUAAAUAAUAAAUAUAAAUAAAUAUUCGUAUUAUUAAAUGAAUUAAUUACUAUAGAAAUGA